AUGUCGAACGUUAGUCAUUCUCAUACUACGACCGAGACCGAGCCUUACGUACCCUCGGAUGCUGAAGACAUGCUAGACGUAGCAAUCUCAGUGUUGGACCCGCGCCUCGCCCAGCAAGCAUCAUCGUCACAGACUACACCUCUGUCAGCAGCCCGCUACCGUCAGGUUCACCUUAGCUUCGCAAGUCCGCCACCAGAUUCGCGAAAGCGCGCACGAAGCGUACCGCCUCCACCCACUGCUGAGGAGCUGGAGGCGCAGGACAAGGCUAUCGCCGAGGAUGCAGAAGUGCCCCCGGACACCGAGAUCCCUGCUGCUGAGAAGGGUAUGGCACGUCGCUUCAGCCCGUCGUGGAAGCAGACGUACUCGUGGCUGACACUGAAGUACAACAAAGAGGAGCGCCUGUAUGGUAUGAAGUGUUCCGUGUGCUGUAAGUUCGCUCCUAACACCAAGUCUCCCUUUGGCGGUGCUGGCGUCGGUGCAAGGGACUUUCAGAAGUCGGCGUGCCGCAACCAUGACCAGUCCAAGGUGCACCUCGCGGCCAUGGAAGCAGAACGACUCGCUGCUGGCACGGAGGUGAGGCAGCGCAGCCUCGUGAACAUGCUCAGCGGCGAUCCAGUCAUGGCGAGGGUCGUCAAAUGCAUGCAAGCAGCUCAGUGGAUUGCGCAGAACGAUGCACCGAUCGCUCUCUACCCCAUGCUGGUGCGGUUCAUGGCGGAGCAAGGAUGCCCCGACAUGAUGAACAGCGAAUCCUACGGGCGUUAUUACUCGCGAUACGCCUUCGGCGAGUUCGUAGAGGCUAUGGCGGAGCAUCUGGUGGCCAGGCAGCUCGUGGACGUCAAAGAGUCGGCCUGGUACAGCCUCUCCUUCGAUGAAUCCACGGAUCGCGCCCGCGGAAAGCACCUCAUCGUGUAUGUCACGUUUGAGAGAGGCGAGGCCGUGGUGUCCCAGUUUCUUGCUCUCCUGUCGCUCGAGCAUUGCGACGCCGCUGCACUGUACGACACGAUGGUGAAGUGCCUGUGGUCGAAGGACAUGUCGAUGGACAAGCUUGUCGGGGUUUCAACGGAUGGUGCAUCCGUCAUGACUGGCUCGAAGAACGGAGUUGUCGCCCUGCUUCGGAAACGUUGCCCGUGGCUGGUGGCGAUUCACUGCGUGGCGCAUCGGUAA